UAGCAGCUCACACGCUGGUAGCUGAAGCUGGGCCAGCAGAGUCUGUCUCUGCUAUAAAAGCCUUGCAAGAAGUUGAAUGAUAUUGGAGAAGUUGGAGAAGGUUGGCAAGUGCCAGAACUAAGGAGCUUCCAGCACAUCCAGUCUUUGUGUGGAGCCCCUGGGGGUGCUGUGGUGUCCAGACCUCAUCAAUGUGCCCAAACAAGUCCAAGACCUGCUGGCUGUGGGUGAAUUGACAGCAAAAAGAUUUAGAAGACAGAAGAACAACAGGUGGUAAGAACUGCAGCACAAAGGAUCUGUCACAGGUGUCAAGAGCCUUCCUAGAUCCCCAGAGGGGCCAAAUCUGGUAGGUUUACUUAGACCACACCUCAGCCACUGGGACAGCAGAAUUUAGCCAAUUAACUACUUUCACUAUUAAAGGCUGAAGAAGGGACUGCAAUUGUAUUUGGUGCAAAAGCGUUUCCCAACGCUCUUGUCUGAGCUGUAAGAAAAAUAAACCCUCUGUGUACCUUUGUCCUGAUGGGUUUGAAUUCACCACUGCCAUUUCCCAAGAGUGUCCCAAUCCCCAGGCAAUGCUCCUUUCACCAAAAUCCCUUAUCAAGAUGGGCAUCAAAUGCCAUUAUCCAGAAGGAUAAACAAAAAGGAAUCUGAUUUUACAUUUAGCAUAUUAAUAAUCUUCUGGCAAAAGAGGGAGAGGCACAGAGACAUUGAGAAAUGAAAAUCCACAAAGAGUUGUUGGAUAAAAUGAAGAAACAGUUUGGGCACAGAGAGCAGAACAUGGGAUCAGCUGCUUCUCAGAAAGUGUAACACCAGACUCAAAAAUGAAGCUCCAUCCUGCUUGUUCUAAACAGUUUCUGAAGUCAGACAUCAAGCCUGAGCCAUUUUCUACACAGGUCAUGGACUAUAGAUGCUAAAGCCCUGAGGUUCUUUGUCUUUAGUUUCAUUUUAUUAUACAAUUCAAGGUCAGCUCAUCCCUUAUAUUAUUUUAUUAUUGUUUAAGAAAAAAAAUUACACAAUGUGUUAGCUCCAGAGGAAGAUCCUGAAGCUCACCAAAGGAAAGAGUGGGCUGCUGAUGUCUAGUCAAUGCUACUAGCCCUGAAACCAUUAAGUUCAAGUCUAGUUUACAUCAGUUGGAAUCGUAUUUCUACCUGGAAUGACAUCUGUACAUAAUAUCUUCCUGGGAGAUAGAGACUGCAGCACUGCCAGGCUCAGCCAAGAGGCAGAUAAAAAACUAAACAAAAAGCAAGGAAACACAGCAGCUGGUUCAGGAGAAGAGCCAUUGAGGAUGAGGCAAGAACAGCUCUCAGAGCAGGCUGCAGCUGCCUCUGGCUCCACUGGACUCAAAGAUGCAAUGACAGCAGCAUCCAAAAUCUGCCAUCAUAGGUGAUGAAACAUAUUUGUGACACUGAGCCUUGAUUUCAAUAUAAGUCUGGAAAAGUAAGGCAUGGAGGCACAAAAAAGCAAGAAUCUAAGCAGUUCAAGGAUGAUUACCCAGAAAUGCUGCAUGGGAAUUCACAAAUAAUAAAGACUUGCCUGUAAUCAAAAAGCAGAGAGACUAAACAAGUUUUUGUCUUGUAAACUGACACUACAAUGAUCCAUCGAGUCACAGUUCUGCUGUGAUGGGCACAGCCUUGUUCCUGCAGAUGUGAAAACUGCUUAUGCAAGCCUCUCCCACAACUAAUUGUUACUGUAUAAUUGUAUGGUUGGGUUACCACAUGUUUUCAUCUUCCUAUUGGCAUUUUUGAAAGCUGGAUUAUGAGCUCUGAUGAGAACAGCUAAUCCUGUGCCUUUACCUUCAGAAAUCCAAAAGUCUGAAAAAGGGGGAGGACGCCACAGCUGGUUCCUUCUUGGGCUCCUACCAACACAGCAAGAUGGGAAUUCUCCUGGCCAUUUUUCUUGCUGUUUUGGCUGGUAUUGUGGCAAUUGCUUUCUAUUAUGAACACCCCAAAGCAGAAAUUCCUCAUGGAAUCAGUGAGCGCCAAAAGCUUUAUAUUCUUCAUUACUUCAUGAACUUUGGGCUUGGUCUGGCAACAUUUUUGGACAAAGUAGGUAUCAUCUCAGAGGUUCAUUUCCUCAGAACUUUAAUGGAAACAAUACCACCAUUAAAGGAUGAACGUCUUCUUAUCAAGGACUCAAGGUUUGAAAGGGUUAAAGUGAGAAUUUACCAGCCAAAAACAUCAAACAGCAGCCAAAGAAGGGGAAUGCUUUAUUUUCAUGGAGGAGUUGGCCGGUUUGGGAGUAUCCGGGCCUACGAAAGGACGUGCCGCUAUUUCUGCAGGAAGACCAAUUCAGUGGUGGUGUGUGUUGAGUAUCGUUUAGCUCCUGAGCACCCAUUUCCAGCCCAGUUUGAGGACUGUCUCACUGCUGCCAUCCACUUUCUGAGGACUGCACAAGACCACGGCGUCGACCCUUCCCGUGUUGUCAUCUGUGGAGACAGCAGUGGAGGGACCCUCACUGCUGCUGUUGCUCAAGCACUGGUGAACAGAAGAGAUCUCCCAAAGCUGAGAGCACAAAUCCUAAUAUAUCCUUUUCUGCAGUGUGUGGACUUAAAUUUGCCUUCUUAUCAGCAGAAUAAGGGAGUUCCCAUUUUGCUAAAGGAACGAACCCUUGUUCUUGGCUUGAAGUAUGUGAAUCUGGACUUGGGCAUCAUCAAAGAUAUAUUUAAAGGCUGCCAUGUUUCAGAAGAUCAGAGACUGAAAUACCAGAAAUGGGUGAGUCCUGACAACAUCCCUCAUGAGUUUAAAACAAGAGGUUACAAACCAAGUCCAAAAUCUCUACCCUCAGAAAAAAUCUGUGAAGUGGCAAAGCCUGUGUUUGACCCUGUGUUUUCACCACUGUUGGCUGAAGACAGUGUUAUUGCUCAGCUUCCUGAGACUUUCCUUCUGACCUGUGAAUUUGAUGUGCUUAGAGAUGAUGGACUGCUGUACAAGAAACGAUUAGAGGACCAUGGUAUCAAAGUGACCUGGUGCCAUCUGGAAGAGGGAUUCCAUGGAACACUGUUCUUGGCAGUUCUUGCUAAGGCGAUAAGAUUCCGCUCUGGAACUAAAGGCCUGGAAAAGAUAGUAAAUUUUCUAAGACUGAUGUAAACUUCUAUUUCUUGCUUUCUUUUCCUGAUUCCUAUCUCUUUUUGCUUACAAACUUAUUUUAAAAAAUCCUCAAUUUUCCUUUCCUUAAAACAUCACCAUAAAUUUCUACAUUGCAUCUGUCUUCUUUUUACCCACUAUAUUGACUGCAUGAUGGCCUUUGCUUAAUUUUCUCUUAGCAGAGACAAAUCAGGUGAAUUCACAUUUCUUUCCUCUACCAGCUCUUUAGUUUUCUCUUGUAGCUAUUAAAAAUCUUAUCCUUAUAGCACUGAGUUUGCAAUGUGGUCUGGUUGAGUAAACUUCUGGUCCUAUUAGAACACAAACCAUAUUUGAAAACAACCUGGGGCAGGUAACAGGGUGUGAAUCUAUAGGGUAAGUGUAUAAAGAGUAUGGUCAAAAAUUUAGGAAAGGCUGUAUCUGGUGAGAACUGAAUUUGAGAGAAGCUUCAAGAGAACUGAAUGUAGCAGGAAAAAUGUGAAUAUAGACAGAAAUGAAAGAAGGGGAAGAGAGGGAAAGGACAGGCUUGGAACUACAAAUGUUAUAAUAAGUAUUGGUUAAAGAAAACAACAUCUAUUAUAAAAAUCAUGCAUAUACAUUUUAUAUAUAGAUAAUAGAUAUAUGGGAAUAUAAAGUAAUAUCAGUUUCUUUAUAAAGUGUAGGCCUGCACUGCCUGAUGCAGGAAGGACUCUCCCUUUGAGGGACAGUGUCAAGUGCCAUUGGAGAGAAAGAAGAAUAAUUGAGAAAAUUAAAAAAAAAAAAAAAAAUUGAAGUUCAGGUCAAUCUUAAACUGUUUACAACAAGACAUGAAUGAUCAAGGAAACCAAUACAAAAUAAAAUGGCAUAACAAAAGUGUAAAGCUAUUUUCCCAGAAAUGAACUCAAGUAUUGCUAGAAAUGUCAGUAAAUGUUUUAAUUCAUUCUGAGGUAAAUGUAGAAUGGUAGAACAGUGUAAUUGUUUUGGGUUUUGUUAUAUUCUUAUAUCCUGGAUUAAAA